GAUUGGUUAUCUAUCCUGAACGGUUCGCGGAUUGGUGAUCUCCGCUCCAGCAGCACAAAGCGGCGAAUCCAGCGGCAGGCUGCGAGUGCCUAUUGGAUAGAUGCUCGGCUGUGUGUGUUCGCUGAUUGGUGAAGAGAUUGGGUGGCUGCGCCUGUGGCAGCGUCACUGAUUGGACGAUUUUCAGUUGGUAGGGGAAGGGUGGCAGCAGAGUUGGAACAGCAGGAAGAUGGCGGGGAUUAAAGCUCUGGUUGGUUUAUCCUUCAGUGGUGCCAUAGGCCUGACUUUCCUCAUGUUAGGAUGUGCCCUUGAACAAUAUGGCGUUUACUGGCCCUUGUUUGUGCUGAUAUUUUACUUCUUGUCACCUAUCCCGAGCUUUAUUGCACGAAGAUUGGGCGAUGACACUGAUGCAGCAAGCAGCGCCUGUCGUGAACUUGCAUAUUUUUUCACCACAGGGAUUGUUGUUUCUGCCUUUGGGCUCCCGAUAAUACUUGCUCGAGUUUCAGUGAUCCAGUGGGGAGCCUGUGGACUCGUGCUGGCAGGCAAUGCAGUAAUCUUUCUCACCAUUUUGGGCUUUUUCCUAGUGUUUGGUAGAGGGGAUGACUUUAGUUGGGAGCAGUGGUAAUGUGAUGGACCCUGGAUAUGAUGACCCUUUGAUUAGCAUUGAAGCUGAACUUACUAAAACUCCAACUGUAAAGUGCAGUGUAUACUAUCUGUAAAUGCAACAUUGAAAAAUAACUAAGCAUUAAGACCCAAGAUUCAUUAAUAUAUUUAGUUAUUUCUUGACCUAGGUCUUUAAUAACAAGUCGUAUUUCCAAAAUGGUAAUUUUACUUGAACUGCAAAUAUUUGCUUGUGUCAGCCAAUGAACAAAAUCUAGGGUGCAUGAUUACAUCUACUCAGUUGAGAGGAGAAAAUACUCCUUGGCCCUUGAAAUGUGCAUCAGAUUUUUCAUUAAUACAUUGUAUUAAAAAAACUAAUAGAGGAGUUCUGACGUGAUAGGUGGCGUGAUUAUGUUAAUUAUAGUUGACUUGGGGAUUUACACUUGGCCCACUCUGGAGGUAUAGGGAGAUAUACUGUAAAUCCUGUCGAGUAAUUAGUUAUUUGUCCUGCCUCUCCUUAGGCAAAAGACUAUCAUUAUUGACCUGGCAUUUACUUGGUGUCAGAGCUUUUACAGUGCUGAGCAACUAUAUAUUCUUUUCAAUGAAUAGAAUGCCACCAUUUGCUCUUUUAGAAGUUUGUCUUUGCCAUUUUGAUAUGCUUAUAUAAAGAUUCAUAAUGCUUUAAGAAUCAGAUUGUAUUAUUUAAAAUGCAAUGUAUUUAAGAUCUACAGGAUCUUUCUUUUAGUAGCUAUAUGCAAAUCAAAGGGUUUGAAAUGCUUAGCAACAGAAGCACUACUCAAAAAAUUCUUGACAACUUUUGUAUUGUAAGAAGUGUUCUACCCUUUCUAAUACUGACAAUGUCAUAUUUUGAAGAAUGGAUUAUUUGACUAAAUACAGACAUUUAUUGUUUCAUCUAUGUAUCAACAUUAAAGUUUAUGUAAAAAGGCACGUCUCCACUACGCAUAUGCUGCGCCCAGUUGAAACAGACUUUUGAAAUUUAAAUAUCUGAAUAGUAUGUGAUGGGAUUAUGGGAACAUUGACACAGAUUACAUUGUGUAGUAUUUGCAAACAAUAAUUUGACAGUAAAUUAUGGAUAUUUUGUACCCUUCAUGAAAGGUUUAAUUUCAAUAUUAAGCCAAGCCCAAAGAUCUAUGAAUAAAUACAGCAUUUAAUGCCAUAUUUAUGGUAUCUCAUUGCCACAAUGCUGUACCAACUAGUGUUGAUAACAUUUACUGGUGUUUUCUUUCCCCAAAUGGAACCAAGAUUAAGAAAUUCAUUAAAUUUAAAUCAUGUGACCACCUUGACAAUUUCUGUAUUUGUUUCCACUGUUUCCAGAAUAAUUUUGUAACUUGCAGGCUUGUCCACGGAGCAUGCUUUUUUUUUGGAAGAAGCUUUGACUACACAUUUUAGCAUUUGUCUAAUGAAAUUAUAAAAGCUAGAGUUUGAUAAUAUUAGAUGAAUGUCUGAUAUGUUUGUAUGAUAUUUGUCUGCUUAUUCAAUGCAGGCAUUAAGUAUUUAAAACAUAGUUUUCAUAUUCAUACAUUAAUAUUUCCCAAAUUAUGUUUGGCCUCGUUACUUGAAAUGCAGCCAAAAGCUAAUUGGAGAAAAACAUUCUGAAGUCAGUUAUCUUUCCCAUUGUGUUAUUUGUCUGUUUAAUAUCUUAAAUCAUAGUCUGGAAAAGCUAAAUUGUAAACCAAACCUUUAUUAAAUAUUAUAGCUUUAAAAUAAUUAGGGAAUGAAGAUUUAUGCCCCUCUUAAAUGAUGCUCUUUAGUCACUGUUUAUAUAGAAACUGAAAUAUUGUGUGCAAAAUAAUCAGCAUUAUUAAUUUGCUGGCAGGGCGUGGGUCAUGAAUCAGUUCCUCACCUUUGGAUUGUUUAAAUGUUGCACUAAGUUGGAAACUUGUUUUGACUAUUCCUGUUGUUCAUUUGAUACAAGUAAAAUGUUCAAGAAUAGCAUUAAUUAUUCAUCUUUAAAUUUAGAGGACAUUUUUAAAUAGAUUUUUUGUGGAGGCGAGAAUUUUUUUUGCUAAAUGGGGUUCCCCUUUGGUUGAAGUUCCUUAUUAUGACUAUGUAAGAAUAUUGUAAGCUUCAAAUGCCACAGAUUGCUUUUAAACUUUUGUAUGUAAAUUGUUUACUGAAUGUUAUUGUCAAUACAUUUUCAAUACUUUUUCCACUGCAUACCUUGUAAAUUAAACUAAUUGUAGAAUGAUGAACUUGGCUGAUAUCUCAAAUUGACUCUUAUACAGUUUUGUGUUUGAAUUUAAAUGUAAGCCAAUAAAAUGCAACUUUUUUUGUUACUUGAA